GACUCAGGAGAUCUCUCACUGCUGUCGGCUCCCUUCCAUUGCCAGAGCCAUGCCUGCUCCCGCUGGUGACAGCUUCGUCCAUUCCUUAGACGCACGGUCUCUAGGCCAUGUCAAUCUCAUGGUCGACACAUUCAUCGCCAAUGCCAGUGUUGAGGAUCUGCGGGCCACAGUUCGGACAUUGUUGGCAACAACACCGCCCAACACUGCUGCGGCAUUCACUCGCGCGGCUCGCCUUCGCCUGGGCAACGUGAACGCUAAGACUUCGCCACGGUUCCUUGCCUUGUUCACCAUUCGACCCGAAGACGGCGAGGCCAUCGCUACGAAAAACCUUCAUGAUGUACUCACCCAAGCACGAUCACUCUACGGUGCCGGGAUGGGUUUUGCAAGUCUCGCCAUCUUCGCCUCGAUUGUGCGACUGACACAUGGCCUCCGAUGGACGAUGGAUGGGGAGACGGCGGACACGUUGACGUUGAUAGAUGGUGACAUCUGUCAGGCGAUUCAGAGUUCGAAGGAGGAACUUGAAGGCGGACGUGCCGACGAUUUGAUGAGCGUGCGGGAGAAAGUCGGCGAGCUGAAAGCAGCCUUGCAGGGCAGCAUCAGUGAUGUUACUGCCUGGGGGGGAGAGUUUCCUUUCGAACGUGCUGUUUCGAGCUUGGACUGCUGGAAAAUCUAG